UGCGACGUCACAGACGCGAUGUAAUACCUGGAGCUGGUCAGUCUCCUCACAGUGGAGCCUGGUAACCGCGACCUCCUUUCCAGGUCCUGUGUAUUGCUGGCUGGAGAAGGGUAGUUGACAAACUCCCACCCAGUACAGUGUGUAUGUGCGUCAAAAAAAGGAAACAGUGUCCGGUGGCGGCGGAGGCGAGAGGAUCCUUUCAGGCGCGACCCCAUCUCUUUAGUCUCACCUCAGCUGCCCAGCUACUUGAACCCCGAGGUUCAAGGCUCCAGUGAGCUAUGACCCCACCACAGCACUCCAGCCUGCGAGACUGAGGCCGGAGUUGCAAUCUCAGCUCACCGCAACCUCUGCCUCCCCGAUUCAAGAGAUUCUCCUGCCUCAGCCUCCCAAGUAUCUGGGACUACAGGGGUGCAUCACCAUGCCCAGCUGGAGUUUUGCUCUUGUCGCCCAUGCUGGAGUGUAAUGGUGUGAUCCUGGCUCACUGCAAUCUCUGCCUCCCAGAGCCACCCGGAGUUCCCUUGCUGAGGAUCUGAGCAUGACCCUGGACAAGGCACUGCCGGACUCUCUUUCCGCACAGGACUUCCAUGACAAUUAUUAGCCCAAUGAGAUCCUGGGCAGGCUGGAGUUGCAAUCUCAGCUCACCACAACCUCUGCCUCCCAGAUUCAAGAAAUUCUCCUGCCUCAGCCUCCCAAGUAGCUGGGACUACAGGGGUGCAUCACCACGCCCAGGUACUUUUUGUACUUCAGUAGAGACGGGAUUUCACCGUGUUAGCCAGGAUGGUCUUGAUCUCUUGACGUUGUGAUCUGCCUGCCUCGGACUCCCAAAGUGCUGGGAUUACAGAUGCAAGAUUUAUCUGACAUUAUGCACUGAACAGUUUAUUAUUGAAGUCUACACUAGCCAACUGAACAAGCAUUCAUCAAAUGUCCACGAUACCCAGGACAUAAGAAGGUUCCUUUUAGAGCAUGGAGCCAUGCGUAUCAUCUCUUAAUUCUGAAGCCUUGGGGAGCACUGAAGCCAAGGCUGUAUUGUACCAAAAAUUUGAAGCACAUGUGAAUGAUCUGAAUGUGGAAGGACUACCAGAAAACAUUCCUUUCAGAAGACCCUCAUGGUAUGGAAUCCCAAGGCUGGAAAACAUCUUUCAAGAGGGCAAUCGAAUUAAAUUUGUUAUGAAGAGACCAGAACUUCUUACUCACAAUACAACUGAAGUCACUCAGCCAAGAACAAAUACAACAGGGGCAGAUGUGACAGUGAUUACAGAAACCGUGAAUGUGAAGCCUGUAUUACAUAAAGAAUGUGCAAGUGCCAUAGAAGACACUGCAAGGAUUUGGUGCUGGAGCAGUGCUGGACCUGCCAUCGUCACCAGAGUGCAGCAGGUGUCACCAGAAGGAGAAUCUCCACUCUUGCCAUCACUAACAGCACUCGACUUUCUCCCACUCAUAAAAGAUCUUGGAAGGAAUUAAAGUAACUCCAGUUAGCCUCCAUUGUCUCCAAGUCGACUUUCGUCCUCAUCCAUAACUCCUCCACACAAGCCCUUAACACCUGUCCAUGGAUUGUGCUGGAUUCUGACUUAGGUUCUGCCAUCAAACACAGAGUGCCCUGAUCCUUAGAGGUAGAGGCAGCUCUUCAGCCUAUGGGGGUGACUCUGCGAACUCCUUUUGGAAAAAACUCUCAUCAGGACUGUUUUACUAGCUGUUAGACCACCGUUGUACUGGCUACUGUAACAUUUCUUGGUAUUCUUUCUUGGCUUGAACUAAUUAUUUCCUACUUGCCACACUAAAGUCCCCCAAAAGACCAUGAAGUCCUGAGAGUAAUGAAAAGCUUCCUGAAAUUGAGGUCACUGUGGAAGCCCACAGGGUCUCCAGGAUUCUCAUCUUUUCAUGUUUACAAUAUUAAAAUACUUCAUACAAUACCAAAGACAGUUCCCAGCCAACCAUCAAAUAUGGAUACAGGGUCUUGCUCUGUUACUCAGGCUGCAGUGCAGUGGUGUGAUCAUGGCUCGCUGUAGUGUCAAACUCCUGGGAUCAAGCAAUACUCCCACCUCAGCUUCCCAAGGAGCUGGGACUACAGACGUACAACAGCAUGCAAAGCUAAAUUUUUUAUUUUUUAUUUUAUUUGUUUGUUUAUUUUUAUUAUUUGUUUUUGAGUUGGAGGUUUUUUGUUUUCGUGUUUUUUUUUGUUUUUUUUUUUUUAAAGACAGGGCCUCACUGUGCUUCCCAGGCGGAUUUCAAACUCCUGGCCUCAAGCAAUCCUCCUGCCUUGGCUUCUGAAAUUGCUGGAAUUAUAAGCAGGAGCUACAAUACCUGGCCUCCGUUGGUCCUAUGUUCUCUAGCCUUCUCUUUGUUUUUUGGUAGCCAAUCUCUCAUUAUGCUGUUGCCCUGUUAUAAUUAAUACUUUUUUAUUUUGAAUUUUACCACUUUAAAUUUUCGAGUGGUUUGUGUCUCCUGAUUGGACUCCUACAAAUAAAGAAUUGAUGCUAGGAAGGGUACCACGAGAUAGACCCACACAGAUGGGAUUUGGGCAUAGGUUUGGUUAUCCAAGGGGCAGUGCUGAGCUCCUUGCCAGUGGGAUAUGGGAUGCUGGUCAUUUCUAGGAAGUGACCUCACAAUGACUCAAGCUACCACUUACUGUUAAUUGUGAUGAAUUGCCAGCUGAGGCACAUACCUUGGGAGCUAAGUAGUUGCUGCACUUGACCACUAUGAAGACUGGUGUGGGAAGGGCCUUUUUGGAUGCACUUGAGCAGGGGCCCCUAAUCCCUGGGUCACAGGCCUGUAUUGGGCCACACAGCAGGAGGUGAGCAGCGGGUGGGUGAGUGAAGCUUGAACUGUAUUUACAGGCACUCCCCACAUUACUGCCUGAUCUCUGCCUCCUGUCAGAUCAGCGGCAGCUUUAGAUUCUCAUAGGAGCGUGAAUCCUAUUGUGAACUGUGCAUGUGAGGGAUCUACCUUGCUCUGUUCUUAUGAGAAUCUAAUACCUGGUAAUCUAUCACUGUCUCACAUCACCCCCAGAUGGGACCGUCUAGUUGCAGAAAAACAAGCUCAGGACUCCCACUGAUUCUACAUUAUGCCGCAGCUGAGAUGUCUCACCCCACUCUCUGUGAUGCAACAAGAAGCCCCUUGGGAGCAUUUCAUUCCCACUCUAUACUUCUGUCAUUGUGCUCAUCACAGUCUGGCUGGAGUGCAGUGGUGUGAUCAUGGCUGAUGGUAGCCUGAAACUGCUGGGAUUCAGUGAUCAAUCCUCCCAUCUCAUCCUACCAAGUAGUGGGGACCACAGGUGCAUGCCACCCGGGUCUCGCUAUGUUGCCCAGGCUGAUCUUGAGCUCCUGGCCUCAAGCGAUCCUCUCACCUUGACCUCCCAAAGUGCAAGGAUUACACGUAUGAGCCACCAUGCCUGACCCCUACCCUGCCUCUUGAGAACCAAAAGAAAGAAGGAUCCAAAUUCUCCUUAGCUCAACUCCAGCCAUUUCCCGAUCGCGUCAUCAGCAAGGAGCUGGUUAUUGGGCUGUCCAGGCCUCCCAAACUGCACAGAAAUGAGAAACAGGACCUUGCUGUGUCACUCAGGAUGGAGUUCAGUGGUCCUAUCAUGGCUCAUUGUAGCCUCAAACUCCCAGGCUCAAGCGAUCCUACCACUUCAACCUUCCCAGUAGCUGGGACUACAGACACAGGGUCUCACUAUGUUUGUCAGACUGGUCUCCAACUCCUGGCCUCAAGCGAUCCUCCUGCCUAGGCUUCCCAAGUAGCUGGGAUUACAGAUGGAGUGUAGCUCUUGUUGCCCAGGCUGAAGUGAAAUGGCGUGAUCUCGGCUCACCACAACAUCCACCUGCAGGGUUCAAGCGAUUUUCCUGCCUCAGCCUCCCAAGUAGCUGGGAUUUACAGGAAGUGACCUCACAAUGACUCAAGCUACCACUUACUGUUGAUUGUGAUGAAAUGCCAGCUGAGCCAUAGGCCCUGCGAGCUUAGGAGUGCUACACUUGACCACUGUGGCAGUAAAGAUGACUCUGAAGAAUGGCAUGGGAUGGAUACUUUCGGAUGCACUUGAGCACGGGUCUCCAACCACAGGGCCACAGAGCCGGAGGCUGAUCUCAAACUGCUGGCCUCCAGUAAUAUACCUCUCUCAGCCUCCCAGGGUGUUGAGAUUACAGGCAUAAGCCACCACGCUCAACCAACACCUGGAUCUACCAUGAAAGACUUCAGAGUCCAGGAAGAGAGACUGACUGGGCAACAUGUUAUUCAGGAGAUGGGAUCUCACCCUGUCACUCAGGCUGGAGUACAGUGGUGCCAUCACAGCUCACUGCAGCUUUGAACUCCUGGGCUAAGGAUCCUCCUGCCUCAGCCUCCUGAGUAGCUGGGACUGUAGACAAGGUCUUGCUUGGUUGUCCAGGCUGGAGUGUGGUGGUGCUGUAGUCUCAACCUUCCAGGCUCAAGCAAUCCUCCCACCUCAGCCUCCCAAGUGGCUGAGACUAUAGGUGCUUGCCUCUAUGCCCAACUCAUAUUUGGACUUUUUCUGUAUGUGGGUUCCAGAGGGAUGACUGCGAAAUGUGAGUAUGCAUAGAUUUUGAUAUAUGCAGAGAUAGGUGGCUGGAACGAAUUCUCUCUGUAUACCAAGGGACAACUGUAUGUGGUUUUACAAUUAUGCUGUAGGACACAUACUGUUCUGUAGCCUUUAAAAUAAUAAUUUGUAAUGACAAAUAAUUUUUAAUAGGGUGGAAUAAUAAUAUUGAUAAAAGUAGCAGCUGGCCAAGUGUGGUUGCUCACACCAUUAAUCACAAUACUUUGGGAGGCUGAGGCAGGAGGAUGGCUUGAGGUCAAGCGUUUGAGACAGGUCUCGGAAACAAAGGGAGUCACCAUCCCUACAGAAAAAUACAUGAAUUAGCCUAGUGUGGUGACGUGUUCCUGUAGUCCCAGCUACUUGGGAGGCUGAGGUGGGAAGAUCGCCUGAGCUCAGAGAAGCUGAGAUUGUAGUGAGUCAUGAUCAGGCCUCUGCACUCCAGCCUGAGUGACAGAGUGACACUCCGUCUCAAAAAAGUAGCAGCUAACAUGAAGUGACCUUUUACUAGAUGCCUAUAAAUAUCAUAGUUUAGUUUCUUAUAACUGUUUCUUAUUUCACUUAACUACUCUGUCUUCAAUCACUCCUAGAUUUUCACUUGAGUUUGUACAGUUGACCUUUUGUUUAGAUUGAAUUGCCUCCCUAAGGUAUUUCCAGAAGUAAGAUUACUGUGAGUCAUGGUGAAUGGACAUUCUAUUUGCCCUUGAUGUAAACUGACAAGGUUUUGGGUGCCUCCCAGCUAUAAUCCCAGCCCUUUGGAGGCUAAGACAGGACAAUUGCUUGAGGCCAAGAGUUGGAGGAGGCAGUAAGGUGAGACCCUGUCUUUAUUAUUUUAAAAAAUUGCCAAGCUUUACCCUGGAAGGCUAUGUACUACUUAAAACACCCCUCAUAAUACAAGAAAGUGUCCAUUUCACUGCACCUCUGCCAGCACAGGGUAUUAUAAUUUAAUAAGUUUUUUUCAUUGUUUUAAAUAGAUAAAAGACCUCAUGUUACUUUAUUUGUCACAUUUUAACAUCUUUCCAUAGCUUAUUAGCUCUAUUUCCUUUCUGUCUGUAAAUGGUUGUUGUUGUUUUGUUCUUUGAGACAGGGUCUUGCUGUGUCACCCAGGCUUGAUGACUGUAAUGGCAUAAUCAUGACUCACUGCAGCCUUGACCUCCCAUGCUCAAACUACCCUCCCAUGUCAGCUUCCCGAGUAGCUGGGACUGCAAGUGUGCACCAGCACUCCCAGCUAAUUUUUUUCUUUUUUUGGAUAGAGACAGGGUCUUGCUGUGCUGUCCAGGCCGGUCUCUAGCUCCUGGCCUCAAGCAAUCCUCCUGCGUUGGCUUCUGAAAUUGCUGGAAUUUCAGGCAUGAGCCGUGAUGUCUGGCCUGUACUAGUCUUUUAUUUUCUAGAGUUCUCUUUAGUUUGUGCUAGCCAAUCUCUCAUUGUGCUGUUCCCCGUUAUAAUGAAUAAUUCUCUGUAUUAAAUUUUACCACUUUAAACUUUUGAGUGGUUUAUGUCUCCUGAUUGGACUCUGACUAAUAUGCUAGGAAGGGUCCCAGGAGAUAAACCCACACAGAUGGGAUUUGGGCAUAGGUUUGGUUAUCCAAGGGGCAGUGCUGAGCUCCUUGCCAAUGGGAAAUGGGAUGCUGGUGAUUUCCAGGAAGUGACCUCACAAUGACUCAAGCUACCACUUACUGUUGAUUGUGAUGAAAUGCCAGCUGAGGCACAUGCCUUGGGAGUUAAGUGUUUGCUGCACUUGACCACUAUGAAGAGUGGUGUGGGAAGGGUCCUUUUGGAUGCACUUGAGCAGGGGUCCCCAACCCCUGAGCCAUGGAGCUGUAAGGAGCCACACAGCAGGAGGUGAGUGGUGUCGAGUGAGGGAAGCUUCAUCUGUAUUUACAGCCACUCCCCUUUGUUCACAUUUCUGCCUGAGCUCCGCCUUCUCUCAGAUCAGCAGCAGCAUUAGAUUCUCAUAGGAGCUCACACCCUAUUUGUGAACCGUGCAUGUGAGAGAUCUAGGUUGCGCUGUCCCUAUGAGAAUCUAAUGCCUGAUGAUCUGUCACUUUCUCCCAUCAUGCUCAGAGGAUGGGACCAUCUAGUCACAGGAAAACAGGCUUAACACAGCCACUGAUGCUACAUUAUGGUGAAUUCUAUGAUUUCAUUAUAUCUUACAACAUAAUAGGGGAAAUAAAGUACCUAAUAAAUGUAAUGUGUUUGACUCUUUUGGCCCAGCUCCUGCCUCCCAGCAGCCUCUUCAGGCCUAGAACUUUCUCCAGUCAGCCUCUACAGACCAAGCUCAUGGCACCCAAUGUCCUAUUUAGUCCCAUACCCUACCUCACGACAGUCUCUGCAGAUGAGGCUACUGCCUCACGGCAGCCUCCACAGGCGUGGCUCCAUCAUUACAACGGCCUCUUUAGGCCCAGCUCCUGCCUCCCAGCCUUCUCUCCAGGCCCAGAACUUUCUCAAAUUGACCUCACCAGGCCCAGCUCCUGCCUCUCAUCAGCCUCCCAAGGGCCAGCUUUUGCCUCACAGCCACCCUCCAAGACCCAGCUCCUGUUUUACAGUGGUGUCUUGAGGCUCACCUUCUGCCUCCCGGCAGCCUGUACAAGCCCAGCUCCUGCGUUAAAACAGCCUGUUUAGUCCCAGCUCCUGCCUCUGGGUGGCCUAUCCAGGCCCAAAAUGUCCACAAGUCGGCCCCUCAAGGCCCAGCUCCUGCCUUCUGUCAGUCUCCCAGGCCCAGCUGCUGCCUCCAGGUGGCCUCUACAAGCCGAGCUCUUUCUUCUGGCUGUGCCUGGAGGCCCAACUUCUGCCUCACAACAACCUCUUUUGGCUCAGCUCCUGCCCAGCUCCUAGUGGCCUUUGUAGGCCCAAAACUGCCUCAAGUCAAGCUUUCCAGGCCCACUUUCUGCCUCUCAAUGUCCUGGACAGGCCCAGCUCCUGUGUGAAAAUGGCCUCUCCAGGCCCAGCUCCUGCGUGACAAUGGCCUCUCCAGGGCCAGCUGUUACCUCCCAGCAGACUCUCCAGGCCCAGCUUUUGCCUCACGGAGGUCUUCGCUUAACAGUUUCCUACCUGCCUCCUGGCAGCCUUGAUAGGCCCAGAUCCUGCCUCACACUAACGUCAUUAGUGCCAGCUUAUGCCUCACGGUGGCUUCUCCAGGCCCAGCUCCUGCCCCCCAACAGGCUGUCCAUGCCCAAAACUUCAAGUCGGCCUCUUCAGGCAGAGCUCCUGCCUAACACUGGCCUCUUUAGGCAUGGCUCAUGCCUCUCGGUGGCCUCUCCAGGCCUAGCUCCUGCAUCCUGGUGGCUUCUCCAGACCAAGAACGUUCUCAAGUCUGCCAUUCCAGGUCCAACUCCUGCCUCUACAGGCUCAACCUCUGCCUCACAGCAGACUCUCCAGGCCCAGCCUCUGCCUCACCGCAGCCCCCCAUGCCAAUCUGCUGCCUUUCAGCAGCCUCUACAGGCCCAGCUCUUGCCUCCCAAUGACCUCUCUAGACCAAGCUUAUGCCUCACAGUGGCCAUUCCGGCCCAGCUUUUGCCUUUUGGCAGCCUCUCCAGGCCCAGAACUUCCUCAAGUGGGCCUCUCCAGGCCCAGCUCUUCCUCCUGGCUGCAUCUCCAGGCCCACCUCCUGCCUCACAACAAUGUGUUUCCACUCAGCUCCUGCUCAGCUCCUGGUGGCCUUUGUAGGCGCAAAACUUCCUCACAUCAAGUUCUCCAGCACACACUUCUGUCUCCCGGUGGCCUGAACAGGGCCAGCUCCUGCGUGACAGUGGCCUCUCCAGGCUCAGCUCUUGCCUCACGGAGAUCAUCCCCGGCCAAGUUCCUGCCUGCCUUCCAGCAGCCUCGACAGGCCCAGUUCCUGCCUCACAUUGUUGUCAUUGGGCCCAGCUCAUGCCUCACGGUGGCCUCUCCAGGCCCAGCUCCUGUCCCUGACAGGCUUUCCAGGCCAAAAUCUUCCUCAAGUUGGCCUCUCCAGGCUAAUCUCUUGCCUCACACUGGCUUCUUUAGGCCCAGCUCAUGCUUAUUGGCAGCCUCUCCAGGCCCAGCUCCUGCAUCUUGGUGGCCUCUCCAGGCCCAGCUCCUGCCUCCCAUCGGCCUCACAGCAGAUUCUUCAGGCCCAAUAUCUGCCUCACUGCGGCGCCCCCCCCAAGCCAAGCUCCUGUCUUUCAGCAGCCUCUACACACCCAGCUCCUGCCACUCGGUGGCCUUCUUAGGCCAAGCUUAUGAGUCACAAGGGCGUUACCAGGCCCAACUUUUGUCUCAUGGCAACCUUCCCCUGGUCAGGUUCCUGCCUGUCUCCCAGCAGCCUGGACAGGCCCAGGUCCUAUCUCACACUGGCCUCUACACCCAGCUCAUGCCUCAUGGUGGCCUCUCCAGGCCCAGCUCCUUCCCUGGGAUGUCAUCUCCAGGCCUAAAACUUCCUUAAUUCAGCCUCUCUAGUCCCAGCUACUGCCUCCUGGCAGCCUCUGAAGGCCCAAAGGCUCCUUAAGUUGGCCUCUGCAGGCUCAGUUCCUGCCUCCUAUUGGCCUCUA